AUGCCUAUCAAUUCGAUUCGACUCAGAAACAUUUUCAUCAUCACACAGGGUCGAUACGAUCUCAAUGUUUCACCUCCUCGACCACCAGGUCUUCCAUCGUCAGCCAGGCGCUCCGAGUUAGCGGGUUACACGCCCCUUAGUUCGCCAGACCGAGUAAUAGAGCAAGUCGCGCUAGACCAACUUGACAUCACCGGUCACAACCGACCUUUGUCUGUCUCAAGUAUUGGUUUUGAUACCUACCCCGCAUCAUCGUCAAGCCACUGGUCCUCCACGUGCGACACCAGUCCCGAAAGUUCGCCGCUGCUUCGAUUCGGCGCCGACGGCUUUUACUGCACGAGCUUCCAAUCGAGCCCCGCCACAACGAUCGAUAUGCCCCUUCCAGGGUCUCCACCCCCCGUCAGACGUCAUAGCACAGAUUCACCCGAGAUAGCUGCACCCGACGGCUUCUUCUCUGUCGUCGGCUCGCUGCUUGACCACCCACUCUGUCGCUCCAUCGUCAAGAACUGCCGCGAGCAGUUCAAAACUUCGAACGCCAUACUCGCCGUCGCCGAUCAUGAUCGACUCGUCUACCUGGCUACCAGCAACGUCAAAGACGGUGAAGUUCUCUCCGAAUCAGUGCUACCCUUUCAUGCUACUAUCUGUGCGCACACUGCCUUGAACCAGACCCGAGGGCUGGUCGUCCACGACACGGCGAGCGAUUGGAGGUAAGUGCUGCGGCCGCCAAGGAUUCUCAACACUGCUCUCCUAUCGGAAGGCCCUUUUUUCACCCUCCUCCUUUGUUCUAGAUUCAAGGACAGCCUGCCAGCUACCCAACUCGGGGUACCCUUCUACGCCGCCAUUCCCCUCACCGUUCCGCGUCUGCUCGUGGACCCGUCAUCUCGUCGAGUUGUGAUUGGAUCGCUUUGCCUCGUCCACCAUGAGCCUCGGCCUCAUUUCGCUCACCAAGAUCUCGAGAUUCUGUGAGUCGAUCUGGGAAUUCUUUCGGGUUUGUUACUAAUGUGGUGCCCUCGAACAACUCGCAGACGGGGCUACGCCGACUCGGCUUCUCGAGAGAUCGAAGACUGGGUUAGGAAGCGCCUUCUGUGAGAAGUAUGGAGGACUGGAUCCCGACUCAAGGGGUUGAGUACGAGCGCAAGAUCGAGGAUGGAAGAUGGAUGAAGAAGGAAGAGAGACGAGUGCCCGCGAGGCGCGCGACUUCAACCCAAGCCAACGUGUCAACCGAGUCUCGAUCAGGCGCUGGGAUCCGGCGUAGAGGGUAAUAGGCUAAAGAAGGAGUGCAAAGUAGGAGUGCAAUAGUGGCAUGAGAAGUAAAUAGAAUUAAAAGAGAAUCAGUAUGAUUGGGUUCUGACAUAACACAGGUCCUUGCAACUUGAUCGCUACUUCGACCACUUCAGGCACCAACUCGACCCUCUAACCACUUCUAGCAUGGACACGACGGAGACGGUGAUCUAUGAUUUCGUCGUGCACACGAUCAAGUCAUCACUCCGAUUCGAGCUCGUCUACCUCCUAUCGCUCGAAAGAAUGCCCUAAUGGCCCGACCUGCCGGUGAAGCAGGCCGUGCUCGCCGCGCAGCCACCCGGGUUUGCGCCUUGCAAGCUGGUCAGUCGCCAGACUCACAUCGACGCCCUGCGAGGUGACGAGAAUGGGUUACAGUACGAUGGAGAAGAUGACGAUCAUUCCGAUCCGCCGACUUCUUCCGAGGGGUCACCCAAGCGCAUCCAGGUCGCAAGGGGUUUGCUAUUGCCCGUCGUGGUGAAGAGCGAGGAGACGGGCAUCAUUCUGGGCGCUUUCUCGUGGGAUCAGCGAAUGAGACUGAUGACGGAAGAUGUCAUCUUUGUCAAGCGGGUCGUUCGAGCGGCGGUCACGUGCCUGGAGGGAAAAAAGGACCCGGCUGUUGCACCCGCCUGA